UAACAGAUAGUAAUCGGUGAGGCCUGCGCAUUGCGCCGCGCUCGCUCGCUCGCUUGAAAAGGAGAGACCGUGCGGCAAAUACGACUGGCAUUUAUAAAGAGACUGGAGGACUAACUCUCUUAGACAGUUCGCAAUUAUCUCGCGGCAGCGCGCCCUUGGAGAGCACCUAGUUGGAUUUGCUUUACGUCCGCACCGGUUAUCUGUCACAAAUCAUUCCUGCUUUCCUCGUGCAAAGUUUUCUGUGUACCCGGUAAGAAAAUGCCCAUCGAUUUUUAUCAAGUCCCCGGAAGCGCUCCGUGCCGCGCCGUUGCCUUAGCUUCCGCCGCGCUCGGCGUCGACUUGAACUUCAAGAUAUGCAAUUUGAUGGAAGGCGAUCACAUGAAGCCGGAGUUUCUAAAGAUAAACCCACAACACACUAUACCUACGAUUGAUGACAACGGUUUUCAUUUGUGGGAGAGCCGAGCCAUUAUGACGUACUUAGCAGACCAAUAUGGCAAGAACGAUUCCCUGUACCCCAAGGACCCAAAGAAACGCGCGAUCGUUAAUCAAAGAUUGUACUUCGAUGCCCUCACUCUCUACAAAGCUUUCGGUGAUUAUUACUAUCCAAUAGUUUUCUCUAAAGCACCAAAGGAUGAGACUAAAUACAAAGCGAUUGGCGAAGCGUUAGGGUUCCUUGAAAAAUUUCUCGAAGGGCAGAAUUAUGUUGCUGGAAACAACAUGACUCUCGCUGAUUUAAGCGUGGUAGCCACCCUCUCCACGUUGGAGGCGAUGGACUACGAUUGCAGCAAAUUCAAGAACAUUUGCAGAUGGUAUGCUAGGAUUAAGUCAGAGGCACCGAAAUACGAGGAGUACAACGCAGCUGGUGUGAAAGCAUUCAAAGUUUUGGUCAAUGAAAUGAUGAAGAAAUAAAUAAGAGCAUAUGUAAAUUAGGAUCAGUUUCGUGUGAA